GCAAGGUUCACUAGAAGUAAGACCCAGUGACACUUUUGAGGUGAUGUAAACAUCGAAAUCCACUUUUUGCCAAUUUUAAAUUUUCUUUAUCCCAGUGGAGAAAUGGUAACUUCUGCAGAACUGCAGGCAGUCGUCCUGGCCGCUGGGAAAGGCUCCAGGAUGACAGAGUUGACAGCCAGAAGGCCCAAAUGUCUCCUGCCCAUUGGCAAUCUGCCUAUGAUUUAUUUCCCUUUAGAUCUUCUUGAAAGGUCAGGAUUUAAAGAUGCUAUUGUUGUUGUUUUGGAGACCACUAAGGGUGAAAUUCAGGCAGCACUGGACAAAACAGGUUUGAAAAUUAAAUGUGACCUGGUCAGCAUACCGGCCGGCGAAGACUGGGGUACUGCAGAUUCUCUGCGCUACUUGGAAGAGUCCAAUAAAAUCAAGUUGGAUGUGCUAGUUAUUACUUGUGACCUAAUUACAAAUGUGAGUCUUGCACCUCUGCUCGACAUGUACAGGAAGCAAAACUCUGCUAUAACAGCCAUGUUCGUAAAAACACAAAAUAAUACAGUUUUGACGACGCCAGGCCCCAAGACAAAAAACAAAAGAGAAAGAGAUUUCGUUGGAAUUUAUAAAGAAACAUCAAGGUUGGUGUUACUUGCAUCCUCUUCAGAUUAUGAAGAAAUAUUACCACUAAGUACCAAUUUACUUAGAAAAUAUGGCAAGUUUACUAUCCACUCGAAGUUACUUGAUGCUCAUGUUUACAUUAUCCGCAAAUGGCUUUGCCAGUAUCUCACUCAUAACAGGACAUUGGGCACUCUCAAGGGUGAAGUUUUGCCUUAUGUUGCUAAAAAACGUGUACCUUCAAACAAUGAUUGUACUUUAAAUGCAGCAGAAGAGAAGGCAUCUAUAAUAGGAGCAUCUGUCAAAACAGAAUUGGCACAAUUUGCCCAAGAAAGUGAACUAGCAUACAAAGUGAGGGAAAUGUCAAGCUACAAUAGCAACACAAGUCAGACUGGCUAUGGAUGCGAUCCUAUACAGUGUUAUGCUUGUAUUUAUGAUAGUGAAGAAACAUAUGCUAUCAGAGCUAACACUAUACAUGAUUAUAAUUUAGCAAACAGACAGAUAUAUGAAAAAUGGAAUGAAUUGGCUACUUGUAAAGAGUUAAUAUCAGUAUCUUCUUCUGCGAAUAUUAGUUCUUCACAAGUAGGCCCCACAUGUUUAAUUGGAGAUAAAGCGGUGAUAGCUGAAAAAACGUCAUUGAAUUCGACAAUAGUUGGGGUUGGAUCAACCGUAAAUACGAAGACAUUAAUAAAAGAUUCUGUUAUUAUGGCUGGCGUUACUAUAGAACAGGGUUGUGUCAUCGACAACUGCAUCAUAUGUGAACAAGCUUUUGUUGGAUCAAAUUGUACUCUGAAAGACUGCAUUGUAGGAAGCCACCACAAAGUCCAAUCAGAAAGUAAACAUUCAAAUGAAGUUUUAACAGUUGUGGACCGUUUAAUGGAAUUUUAAAUUCUUAUUUUUGAUAUUGUUAUUAAAAUUUCUGUUCAA